GCCGCUGCGGCUCGGGGGUGCGGGCCGGCCCGGGGCGGUGGAGGAGGCGCCGCCUGAGCUCCGGAAGCCGCUGCCGAGGGGCGGCGGAGGGCCCUGGGAGCCGUGAGGGCGCCGAGGUCCGGGCGGGCCUUCCGUUCUGACAGCCAAACGUUCGGAAGUUGCUGAAUUGUUUCGCUUUGAUUCAUGGAGGUCAACGAUCCUGAGAACAUCUCGGGAAGUUGCGUUUUGAUAGACUUGGUGAGGCUACCGCUGAGCUGCCUUCGUCCACGCAGCCGCUAGCGUGUGCCGCAAGGCCGAGAAGUCUUUUCUGCCCUUACAACCAGCCCAGCGCCCAGGAUGCCGCACAAGAUUGGCUUCGUUGUUGUCAGCUCCUCUGGGCAUGAAGAUGGCUUCAGUGCCCGGGAACUAAUGAUCCACGCACCUACCGUCAGCGGGUGGAGGUCACCGAGAUUUUGCCAGUUUCCGCAAGAGAUCGUUCUCCAGAUGGUGGAGAGGUGUCGAAUAAGAAAGCUGCAGCUGCUCGCCCACCAGUACAUGAUCCCCAGCAAAGUGGAGUUCUACGUCAGCGAGAGCCUGCCCGAGUACUUCGUGCCCUACCAGGCAGAGCGCUUUCGAAGGCUCGGCUAUGUCUCUCUCUGUGACAACGAGAAGACGGGCUGCAGAGCCCGGGAGCUGAAGUCCGUCUACGUGGAUGCGGUGGGACAGUUUCUGAAGCUGACCUUUCACGAAAACCACCUCAACAAGUACAACAUAUAUAAUCAGGUUGCUCUGGUUGCAGUAAAUAUCAUUGGAGACCCUGCCGAUUUUGGUGAUGAAAGCAAUAUUACCUCUAGAGAGAAGCUGAUUGAUCAUUAUCUGGGGCACAACACCGAGGACCCAGCUCUGGAAGGAACUUGUACUGGGAAAUCUGACUACAUUUCUCCACUAGAUGACUUAGCUUUCGAUAUGUACCAAGAUCCAGAAGUUGCCCAGAUUAUACGUAAAUUAGAUGAAAGAAAACGCGAAGCCGUCCAAAAGGAACGUUACGACUAUGCCAAGAAGCUGAAACAAGCUAUUGCUGAUUUGCAAAAGGGGGGCGAGCGCCUCGGGCGGUACGAGGUGGAAAAGCGCUGCGCGCUGGAGAAGGAGGACUACGGCCGCGCCAAGGAGAAGCAGCAGCAGAUGGACCGGUUCCGCGGCCACGUGUACGAGCAGCUGCGGCUGCACAGCCUCGUGGACGCCGAGCUGGUGCGAAGGCCUCCUGACCUGCCCCUGCAGCCCCUGGCGCACUCUGGCAGUCCUCGCCACCAGCAGCCAGCGCUCUCUCGACCGCGAGAGGACAGAGCCCCAGAAAGUCUGCGUGCAGAGCCCUUCCUUCAGGAAAAGCCUCCGGCACGUCCCCUGGGCCCUCCUCAGCCCGCCACAGCGGACCAGGCCCCGCCCGCCGCGGACCCUCACUUCAGGACCCACCUCCAGGCCGUGCCCUACGAUGAACGGCCCCUUCCUGCUACCCGGAAGCAGCCUGCGGCGGCCCUGGAACCAGAGAAGAGUGACUGGGAUAGCAGCGAGGCUCCCAGAGGAGCUGCCACUGGGGAGCCGGAGCCCUUAACAGAGAAGGCAUUGAGAGAGGCCAGCGCUGCCGUGGACGUGCUCGGAGAAGCCCUGGUCGCUGGGGCCUAUUCCAAGACGUGGUCGUACCGGGAAGAUGCGCUGCUCGCACUGUGCAAACAGCUGAUGCAGAUGCCCGCUGGAGCCCCCAAGGAGGAGCUGAAGAACGUUCUGCGAGCGUCCAUCUUCCUCGUGAGGAGAGCCGUCAGAGACCUCGUGACCCCAGUCUUUCAGGCUUCUUUGAAAUUGCUGAAAAUGAUAAUUACACAAUACAUUCCCAAACACAAACUGAGUAAGCUCGAAACGGCCCACUGUGUGGAGAGAACCGUUCCCGUUCUGCUCACCAGGACCGGAGACUCCUCUGCUCGCCUCCGCGUCAUAGCUUCCAAUUUUAUCCAGGAAAUGGCCUUGUUUAAGGAAGUUAGGUCUCUCCAGAUUAUCCCACCUUACUUGGUACAGCCGUUAAAAGCCAACUCUUCGGCUCAUCUGGCAAUGAGUCAGAUGGACCUCCUGGCCCGGCUCCUGAGAGACCUGGGCACCGGGAACACGGGUUUCACCGUCGAUAACGUGAUGAAGUUUUCAGUGAGUGCCCUGGAGCACAGAGUGUAUGAGGUUCGAGAGACAGCGGUUAGAAUUAUUUUGGACAUGUAUAAACAGCACCGGGCUUUUAUUCUAGAGUACCUCCCUCCAGACGACAACACCACGCGCAAGAACGUUCUCUAUAAAACAAUUUUUGACGGAUUUGCUAAAAUAGACGGCAGACCUACAGAUGCUGACACGAAGGCACAGAAGAAAGCGGCUACAGAAGAAGCGGAAACACGAAAGAAAGAAGAAAUUAAAGCUUUACAAGGGCAGUUGGCAGUGCUCUCCGAAAUUCAGGCCGGAGUCCAGCCUGGCAAGGAGGCGACGGCAGGCCCCGCCCUGGAGGCAGACAGUCAGGACACGGAAGGAGGGAAGGCAGCCGCACGUCCUGCCCCGGAAGUCCCCGCCGCUCACUACUUAGAUAAUUUAUGUAUCUUCUGUGGGGAGAGGAGUGAGUCCUUCACGGAGGAGGGCCUGGACCUGCACUACUGGAAGCAGUGUCUCAUGCUGACAAGAUGCACCUGCUGCAGGCAGGUGGUCGAGAUCUCCAGCCUGACGGAGCACCUGCUGACCGAAUGCGACAAGAAAGACGGGUUUGGAAAGUGUUACCGCUGCAAUGAGGCUGUUCUGAAGGAAGAGCUGCCCAGACACAUAAAAGCAAAGGAUUGUAAUCCCGCCAAACCGGAGAAGCUGGCAAACCGCUGUCCUCUGUGCCACGAGAACUUCUCACCGGGGGAGGAGGCGUGGAAGGCUCACCUCAUGGGCCCCGCCGGCUGCACGAUGAACCUGCGCAAGACGCACGUGCUGCACAAGGCUCUGCCGCCAGGUGAGUCCUGGGGCCUUGCUGCACGUGGGUGCCGCGUGGCGGGGCCCCCGCACCUCUGGGGUCACACAGACAUGCUUCCCUCCCGUCUUCGUGUCCGGCCGAUGGCCCUUAGCGAGUAGGCUGAUGUGUGCCCAGACCUCUUGUCGUCAGCACCACGCUCGCUCUUGCCUGAGGGCUCCCGCCGCGUCCUUCGGGCGCACGCCCCUGCUCCCGGCUCUCUGCAUCGCCAAAGCCGAGCGCUUGGAAACAGACGGAGUGUAGACUCACAGAUAUCGCCGCUCCCUGCCUCGUAAAUUGUAAUUGCAGCUGCUUUGUGUUAGAUUGAGAACGCCGACAGGAAAGCAGGGCGUUUUUCAUUAGAAAAUUCUUCCUGACGAAAAACCAUGGACGGACGUUCUUACUUCAGGGGCGUUAAUAAGUGAGAGAGUAAUAAAAACGAGUGUGACGGGAUGUGGGCUCUGGGCUCCACCUGCCAGAUACCCGGCCGAGGGCUGAGUGUGGCUAACGCCCGCCCCCCCCCCCCACACACACCCGGCCACCUCUCUCAUAACGGAGGGAACAUGGGCACCUGGAGGGGGGGCCUGCCCGGGGCGACUCAGCCUGGAAGCGAAGCUGUAGUCACGUGGCUGCUGCUUUUCUUCGUUUCUGGAGCUGAGUCUUCUACGGCCGACACCCGGGUAAAUGAGCAAGUUCUCUUUCUUCCCGCCCUCGGGCCAGGCGUCUCCUCUGAGCCCGUUGGGGACGCACGAGCCCCGCUCCUCAGCCCGGCAGCCAGCUCCCACACGUGCCCCGCUCAGCCGGGCCGCCUGUGGACCGAGUGGCCGCUGUGCUGCCCCCUGCAGACCCCGCUGGAGCUCUGCUUCUCCCCAGGGCCUGACGACACCUGGCCGCCAUGCCCUCACUGUGGCUUGGCGCUCUGUUGGUGUGUUAGUCUCCCUGCUGACACGGGGCCUGUGUGUUGUGUGUCCAGCAGGUAAAGGCCCAGCCACGACCAAAUCAGGGACCUCCGCAUCCAAGGUCGGAAGCAAGAUCCCUACCCCAAAGGGACUGAGCAAAAGCUCUGGCAGAACAUACACAAAGCGGUGACGUGACCCACAUUCUGUCUCCUUCGUCCCCACGAGGGACUGAGCAAGUUUCUUGAUUGCGAACCAUCUCUCCUAAGAUCCGCCUUUGGACGUGGCGACCCUGUGCUCCGCCCCCUCCGUCCCUCCGCCCGUGGCCCUGCUGUCCUCACCUGCCGCUCCCUGUGAGGGGCUGACGCAAGAGCCUGCGUCCGGGGUUCAGACCAAGCUCAGCGCGGUUUGAAGCAACCAGGCUUCUGGCCUCCGAGGCCGCCGUUGCCAGAAGCGCAGCCACUCCGUUUGAAGGGGACCGACCUCCCUGUCCGGGUCGGGUGUCCUGCGAGCAGAGCGCCCUCUCCUCAAGCGCUUGGCGUGGUUUCCAUAAAGGCUUCGCUGUAAACCUCG